AGUCGUGACGACAAUAGAAACAAAUAUACCAAUAGAGUUCUGCAACUGAAGUAGCCUUUUGGAAUUUUCACGAUUUCAAAGUUCAAACCACUCUCGUUCGAAGCGCGAUUUCGAAGGUCAGUUCCCAUUUUCUAUUUUGUUUUGAAUUGUUUUAACAAUAUUUCACUCUGUUUCGAUUUUUCUCAUUUCGAUCAAUAAAGAGAAGAAAUUCUGUCUCAAAUAGCACUCCCUGUUCUCUCAUACCUCCAGAAUUAAAUUCGGCACCGAUUUUGUAAUUGGUGACUAGAUUAAUCAAAUUUCUUGAUGAAUUUUGUUUGGUAUUGGAUGAUCAUAUCGAAGAUAGUUUGUAUGGGAACAACUGUUACUUCUCUGUUUGAUCUUCUAUCUGCAUGUGAGUUCGCUUAGUUGUGGAGGAAGAUCCGAAUUUUAUUUUGAGUGUCAAAUGAUCAAUGGAGAGAAGGACCAAGAGAUUUCCUCCGAUGUCGCCUCUCCAGAUCCGCUUGAAGAGUAUCUGUCCUGGGUAGGGCCUAAAUCCGAUGCUGGCGAUGCCUCACCUGUUUUGUCGGAUUACUCUUCAUGUGGAGAAUCAGAUUUCGAGAGGUAUUGCAGCGCGAAUUCAUUUAUGGGGACAGCAAGUAUGUGUAGCUCCCUCGGAACUUGUAAUGAUUUUCUGGAUUCAGAUUUAGGUUCUGUGAGGAGUUUGGGGUUCGGAGAGGAUCGUGUCUUGGAAAAUGUUGGCUUUGGAGCCAGAUUCCAAAAAAAUUCUGUGGACAGGAGUAGUGCUUCUGUCGAUGGUUAUGAUUAUUCAUCUGAUGGAAGAGUCGAAUUUCACAAAGGAAAAGGUGAGGCUGUGAAUUCUAUUUCUUCCCUGGAAGAUAGGGUGUUGGUGGGGUUUAAUAAACGGUCUAAGUCAUUGCCCAGACAUGAGGAGAAUUCAUCAUUUGGGGCCAUUUUUUCAGAAAGAAAUUUUGGCAAUGGAUCUGAAUCACUCGGAGGUUCAGGUGUCAAUUGUGGCAAGGAUAACGCAGAAGAUUUGAUGUUGAGUGGUCAUACUGACAGAGGAUUAUUGCCUAGCUCAGCUGAACAUAUUUCAUCAAAAGAGAUUGUUACUGUACAGACUGAGAAGAAAGCGUUGCCUCAUUUUGGGGUUGUGAAUGCAUCCAUCGUUUUGCAGUCUGGUGAAGCUUCCCCAUCUUAUGUUGCUUCUUGUGUAGAUAUUAACAAACCAGGCCCCUGUGAUGUGGGUCAGUUGCAUGUGUCGACUUCAGCAUCUGGGGUUUCAGUUGAAGGGAAGGAAGCUGAGAAAUUAACUGAGCCGGAUGAGGAAACCUCAACUAGAUAUGAACAUUCAGAUGAUGAGAGGUCAUCAGUGGAUUAUGGUACGGAUGAUGAACAACGAAUUGGUUCAAGUGAUAGGAUAAAUCUGCGUAAUUAUCAGAAGAGCAAACUCGAUGAUGAGAAUCCAAUGCUCAUUAACUCCACUGUGGCCUUUGGUUCAGAUGAUUGGGAUAGCUUCGAGCAAGAAGCAGCGGAAAACAGUUUAACGGCUGUAUUGUUGGAUGAAACUCAAGAGCUGCAACAGCUUCUAGAAACUGAGAAAGAUCCUCUGACUUCCACUCUUGGGGCCAACAGUGUACCUCCAAUUUUUGGUGGACCUGAGCAAAUAGAAAAUAUGAAACAAAUACCUACAAAUAGUUCUCAUGUCCAGUCUGUCAAUCAAUCGAUAGAAAAUAUAGAAAGCUGUUCAGUCAGCAAUGUCCCUACAUUGCAGGACUUAUCUGUGCAAAAGGCUCCAGCAGGGAUAGAUUUGAACAUUGUGGAUGGUACCACAGAAACGGAGCUUCAGUAUACAAGUGACAAGCAAAAGAGCAGCCUUGAUAAGAGCGAGGUUUCAAAACAUGACUUUUUGGGGAAAUCAAAGUCUCAACUUAAGUUGGAUCCUCUUUCUAGUAUGGCAAUUGGCCAGCUUCAUUCUAUGGCAACAGAAACACCUCAAGAUAAUGUGGCAGGAUAUUUGCAGAAGGAUGUAAAAGAUGCACUACCACCAAUGGUUCAAAAUGAUGAGACCUUUCUAAACAGAAUAUUGACAGAUUCUUCCAUAUCAAAAGAUCCGGGUGAAGAACAUGUGGCAUCGAAUGAGGCUGAGAACCUCAACUCAAAUGAAUUCUAUGACGAGGUUGUCCAUGAAAUGGAGGAGAUUUUGCUAGACUCUGGGGAGUCUCCUGUGGCUAGGUUCAGCAAGGGUAAUUGGGCAUCUGUAUCACAAUCACCUAAGCCUAUUAGAGAUGGUAGCUCAACUGCUUCUACAUCUGGUACUAAUGAUGCAUACCCACAAGUUCAGCAGCCUCUGAAAAUUGAUGGGAUUGAAGUUGUAGGUGCAAAGCAAAAGAAAGGAGAGGUCUCACUGGGUGAGAGACUGGUUGGUGUAAAGGAAUACACAGUUUACAGGUUAAGAGUGUGGAGUGGCAAGGACCAAUGGGAGGUUGAGCGACGAUAUCGUGAUUUUGUUUCUCUUUAUCGUCAGUUGAAAACAUUUUUUUCUGAUAAAGGUCAGGUGCUCCCGUCUCCCUGGUCAGAUGUUGAACGAGAAUCAAGAAAGAUAUUUGGAAAUGCUUCUCCUAAUGUUGUCACUCAGAGAAGUGCUCUUAUCCAAGACUGUUUACGAUCCGUUUGGCACUCUGGGUUUUCAUUCAGCGCAUCGAGUCCUAUUAUUUGGUUUUUAUCCCCUCAAAAUGUGCUCCCUAGUUCUUCUAUGUUAAAUACUUUGGUGCCUCAUUCACCUUCAGCAUACGGUGGAGAAACUUCAACAGAAGGUGCUUCCACUUUGGGAAAGACAAUUUCACUUCUGGUGCAAGUCCUACCUCACAAGUCGAUGAAACAGUUGCUGGAAGCACAGCAUUAUUCUUGUGCAGGAUGCCACAGAUACUUGAAUGAAGGGAAGACACUGUUGAAAGAAUUUGUGGAGACAUUUGGGUGGGGCAAGCCACGACUAUGUGAAUACACGGGUCAAUUGUUUUGUGCUUCAUGCCAUACUAAUGACACUGCCAUUCUGCCAGCUAGAGUCUUGCAUUUCUGGGAUUUUAAUCGGUAUCCAGUUUCACAAUUGGCUAAAUCAUAUCUCAAGUCUAUAUAUGAGCAGCCCAUGCUUUGCGUCAGUGCGGUUAAUCCUUUUCUAUUUUCAAAGGUUCCAACCCUUCUCCAUAUUAUGGGUAUCAGAAAGAAAAUAAGUGCUAUGCUUACAUGUGUUCGCUGCCCAUUUCGGAGGGCUGUCUAUAGAGGACUGGGUUCUCGAAAAUAUCUUGUUGAAAGCAAUGAUUUCUUUGCACUCCGAGACCUUGUUGAUCUAUCCAAAGGGCCAUUUGCAGCACUCCCGGUCAUGGCCGAGAAUGUCUCUAAAAAAAUCUCAGAUCACAUCACUGAGCAGUGCCUCAUAUGCUGUGAUGUUGGUGUUCCUUGUGCUGCUGGACAAGCUUGUGAAGACCCAUCAUCCCUCAUUUUCCCAUUUCAGGAAGCCGAGGUUGAAAAAUGCAGGUCUUGUGAAUCAACUUUCCAUAAAAAUUGCUUCAGAAAGCUUAGAACCUGUCGAUGUGGUGCUGAGGUGGAACAUCAUGGAAGUUCAACAGACGCAAUAAGGUGCAAGCCUGGUGAUGAAGUGGAUGGAGUUUUGGGUUUGUCAGCAAUGAAGUCCAACACCAGUUCAACAAUGCGUUUUCUCACUGGACUGUUCUCAAGAGUGGGAUCAGAGAAGACAUUGUUAGAUCCUGGAGACAAUAAUGCAGUUAUUGUCAUGGGUUCUUUGCCAAGUAAUUAUCUCUAAUCCCUUGUUAACUGUAGUGUACAAGUUGUAUUAUUUGUACUUGGAGAAACCUGAACAGUUGAUUUGUGCACCUUUGGUGUGUUGGGAAAAUAAUGACACUUGUCCGAGAUUAUUUGGGAAA